UGUGCUUGCGUAGUAGUCAUGUGUUGUGUCAUCCGACUUUGGAUGAAAUUAAGGUUUCAGUGUGUGGUUAGGAUUGAAAUGUCUUAAGGUGUUUACAUCGUUAAUAGUGUGGGAUGUUUACUCACCUUUGCUAACCAGUGAUACUUGCGUUAUCAUAUUCAGUUGAUUUCUCGUCUGUGAUAAACAUGGAUAUUCCAGAAUGGUUUAAGUUCCAUAAAAUGCCUCCACUCCUGGUCUGAUAUUAUAUCCAUGCUAAGAUAGCAGCUUUCUAAUUCUUUGUAAAUAAGGCAUGGCACAUUCUGAUGCUAGGAGCUCAUCACGAAUCCCAAUUUUGAGAAGUAGCCUUCCGAGAGCAUUCUCACUAUCGAGUGGUCGUCAGGGCAAUCAUCAGCUAAUGGCUCAUUCAUUGAAUACUCCUCUAGGUCCACUGAGUGGGUUUGGUAUUGGUCGAGUUCAGUUGGAGCGUCAUACUGCUGAAGGGCAGAGAAUCUUACAAGACAAUCUUCAUACAGUGAUUGAAGAGCUGCGACCACUGAUGGAACAUGCAAGAACUGCAGAAAGUCAUGGUCUUUCUCUGUCAUGGCUUCGGACACCUCAACAACAGAUGCAGAGCCAACAGCAGCCACCACCGCUGCCACCUAGAACACAACAGCCGCCACCACUGCCACCUAGAUCCCACCAGCAGCUGCAGAAUGUUCCCAUAACUCAGUCCUCAUCUGGUGAUAGCUUUGUGAUUACAGUCGACACUGAGCAAGCCUCAAACUCUCAUCACCAUCACCACCACCAUCAGCAGCAGCAGAAUACCAACAUGGCUGGCACAUCCAACACUACAACUGCUGAAAAUUUCCUUAAUAACAUCCGAGAAGCUGCAGCUGCACACCAUACAGACCAGCACCAACCCAACAACAACAACAAUAACAAUAAUGUGGAAGAAGGUGCUGCAGAAUUGCUGCGUCAGAGUCCAGAAACAAGACAAUUCCUUUCCCUACUGCAAAAAUAUGUUUCUUUCCUGGGUAUUCUUCUCACCAAAGCCACCUAUGAUCAUCGUUCGGGUAUUCUUAUCUUCAUUGGUUUGUUUAUCAUCUUUAGUCAUGCUAAUGCAGUGGUAAAGCGGGAGAUUGCCAAACAGAGUCGGCGUAGGCUGUCAUCUUUGUUACUGAUUGUCUGCAAUCUCUUAGGAUGCAUUCUGUUCAUCUACUACAUGUUCCAAGACCAGAAGCUCUAUCUGAGCCUGGUCUUCAUUCCUCCGUACACACAGCCUCUCAGUGUUUGGGAUUUACUGUGGAUUGUGGGUGUGACAGACUUUGUACUCAAGUUAGUCACAAUAAUCCUAAAAGUUUCCAUUGCAGCACUCCCUGUUUUUCUUCUACCCUACCAGAAAAGGGGAAAGUGCUACCUGUUUUUAGAAACCACAUCUCAGCUGUAUCGGAGCCUGGCCCCAAUCCAGCCAUGGUUAUACUACCUGCUGGAAUCUUAUCAGGGAACUGACAAGGUUGUUGGAGUAUUCCUGUCUGCAGCAUAUAUGGUGUCCAAGGGAACUGACCUUGUGAACAGAGCGAAACUCUGGCGAGGUGCUUUUUGGAAGUUGCUGCAGAAUGUGAAUCUUGGUGUGAGCCCAAACAAAGACCAGCUACAAACAGCUGGCAGUCAGUGCCCAAUCUGCCACGAUGAAUAUGAAACUCCAGUUCUCCUCCAUUGUCGUCACAUCUUCUGUGAAGCAUGCGUUGCUACGUGGUUUGACAGAGAGCAGACAUGCCCUCUCUGUAGGGCUAAAGUUGUAGAUGACCCAUCAUGGAGAGAUGGUGCUACAACAUAUUUUAUCCAGCUUUAUUGAUAUCUCUCUGUUCCAUAACCCUGGUGAGUUAGAUGUAAUGUAUUCUUGCAAGAUGUAAGCUCCUAGUCAUUGGGGAGUUUGACAAGAAAACUGUUGUGUGUAUGUGGAUAAUAAGAAAACUGAACUGAAUGAAACUGGCAAGUGAUUGAGCAGUAAACACACUUCCAGGUUUGCCUGUAUCAUAGUCAUGAGUACUGAUUGCUUGUAAUUAAAACAGUUUGCAUUUCAUCACACCACUAUUAAAUUAGAUGAAUUUAGAGGCAGAGAUUUUAUUUUUUGGUUCUGAACCUGUCUAUAUGAUUAGUAGACACUCUGAUCUAGAAGGAUCAUUUAUAUUUCAAGAGAAAAGAAUGCCAUUAUUAAAAGGCAAGAUAAAUAACAAAAAAUGUGGAAAGAACUUACAGUACCUACUUUCCUUUCAAGUCUUCCAUCUAUAUAAAAAUGAUAUUGGAAGUGCUGAUAAUUAUACUAUUUAACGUUAUAUCUUUAGCUAAAAUUUCCAUCAGUGUAACUUACUUUGUCUCUCUUUGAAAAUUGUUAGGCAUAACAUCAGUGAGAGUGACACAUAGACAUGAACAUGGACAUGAUAUUACAGGCCUCGUUUUUGUUAUAAAAGUGAAAAAGCAGGAUGAAAGUGAGUAUGCCUGACAAGGAACUUGCUCCAUUUGAGGAAAAUAUAUUGACAUUUUAGCUGAAAUAUAUUACCCCAAUUUGACACGAUUUUUUCAAUGUUACUAUACUUUAAACUGGUAAUAAAAAUGUAGUGAUUGUUUCAUGUAACCACAGUAUAAGAACAAAUUUUUGUCAUGAUUUAUAUAAAAUUAAACAGCAGCUGUUUCAGAGCUCUAAGAAACUACAGGCGUGAUUGCUUGAUAAUAAUAUUACUAGCAAUGUGCAUUAGAUUCCACACCUAUUAAAAAGUUCUAUUUUGAUUGACAUUUUUAGAAGUGGUGGAACCCGUUUAAGGAGAAAGAUUUGUUUUAGAUAUUAAAUUGAAAACACCAUUUAA